UGAACGGAGCUUAAGAUCCGUGACAGUCGCCGCCUCCCACCGUCGUCGCCCCAUCACCGGGAGAGUGGAUCGCGACGCUGCGCGAUUGUUGACAUUUUUCUCCGAGUGCCAAUGUAAAUCCGGUUGAUCGUUGACGCUGGUCUCUUCGCCCGGGGGUUUGUCGCGACGCUACGAUUCACCCCGCAUGACCAUGAGCUCGUCGAUAUCCAUGAGCAACGCUGGACCACAGGCCACCGCUACUGGUAUGGAGACAGUGGUGGCGGUCGCCUUGGGCGCACUCGCCGCGGUCUUCCUCGGCGCCCUCCUGGUGCUCCUGGUCAUCUGUCGCAGACAACGCUGCUAUUACAAUCAGAAGGAUUCCGCAGAGCUGAGCUCCGACUUGCUCGAAGGAGAGAACAUCACUGGCUUGGGAUUAGAUGCGUGGGAGAGCGAAGAGUGGCUGGCGGGAGCUGAAAGGUGGGUGGAUGAUGCUACUGGUUUGGCUCCGCCUUGCAUAGCAGUGCUCCGAUCCUGUCACACUCUCGCAGCCAGUCUUACCACUAUUGCCGGAACUGUCAACAGCAAUACCGUCCCGUUAGAGAUAGUUGAUGUUGCCCGACGUAUACCGCCUCGCGUAGACGAUGUCGUUCGCAGUCUGUAUCCCCCGUUGGACGCCAGACUAUUAGAGGCCAGGGUGGCGGCUCUAGUGUUGGCUGUGACCCACUUGGCAUUGGUAACCAAGCACGGCGUGCCCAAGAGCCAAGCCAGGAAACUGGCGUUUAUCGAUCAAGCCCUGAACGACAUGGACACGCAUCUGCUGGUGCUGAGAAACGCAGCGCUGGCUCAGGAAGUGGCCUGCUCUAUCCCAGCCUCUACGCCAGUUUGAGUACACGUCGGUUGAUCUCUCGCGGUGAAAUCAAAUCUCUCUCGCCACAGUAUUUGUAAUCGUUGGAUUAUAUCUUUAGCUUCUUACGGCUUUUUCAUUACAAUAACGUCGUCACGAGCAACGGGAGCUCUACAUAAUAUGGUCACUAAAUUUGUAAAUAUAGCAUAAACAUUGAGUGCAUUCCAUGUAUCAGGCGGCAAAUACGCGAAAAUAGAUCAUCGCUGAUCUCAAAGCACAAAAUGGACUAAAGUUCGAGAUUACUGAUGAGGAAAAAAAACUUGUCAGUGCUUCAUGUCAAUUAUCGUUACUAUAAAAAGAAUGCAUAUAAAUAUAUUAGGUAUAUAUACAACACACGUCGGAAGUAUCGUGAGGAAUAUAUUUUAAUAAUCGUUUUUUAAAACGCGGUGAAAAUUCGCCAAGAUACGACAUUUUGUAAUACACAGAGAUAUACGAAAAUGACGUCUUCCAUGUUAUAUUAUCAUAUUUAUAUACGUACACGGAUAAAAAUGUAUUUUGAGACUAUAUAAUCGAUCGUACCUGCAUAUGUUUGUACACGUUACAAUAUUUUAUAUUCCUGAAGAUAAUCAAAUUGUUCUUUAGAUUAGUAGUAGGAAUUUAUAAUGAAGUUGAUCGUCAAAGAGAAA